CGUAUUUGGUCAAAGCAGUGGAGAGUUCCUAAAAGAGCUCUCUCCGGAAGGAUUAUCUGGAUGGUGUAAUGACUGAAAGAGCAUAACUUUGCACCGCAAAAAUGAUCUUUCUUUUAGUUUUUGUGGCUUUUCUUCAUAUUGCAGUGGAGGCAGAGAAUCCAAUAUGUCUCAUCACUGCCCCGAACAUCGUUCACUUGGGGGUGGAGGAGACAGUGAGCGUGCAGCUGCAUGGAGCCACUGAAAGUGCCAGUGUUACUCUGUUUAUCAGAGCUCCUCAAGGACGAGGAACUUUAUCUGAAACAAAAACUGUAAACUUAAAUGAAAAUAAUCAAUAUCAAGCCGUGGUGACACUUCAGAUUGAUCCUGUAAAGUUCGCUGCACUCAAAAGCAAUAAUGACCCUCAUGUCCUUUUGGUUGCUAACAGCGAUGGUGUGUUUAACAGAACAAAAAUGGUCCAUAUCAGUGUGUCAACCAGAAAGGGUUAUAUUUUCAUCCAAACAGACAAGACAAUCUACAACCCAGGAGAACAUGUGAAAUAUCGAAUCUUCACCCUGGAUAAUUACUUGCUUCCCAUAAACGAAUUAAUCAAUGUCCAGAUUUUUAAUUCCAAAGACAUGUUGGUCUACAGUCACACCCUGCCUUCUGACCAAAUCCUGCAGAGGACGUUCACUAUUCCAGACGUGGGAUUGGCAGGUCACUGGAAAAUCACAGCGUACUUUGAUAACUUUCCGCAGUCUAAAACUUCAGUGGAGUUUGAGGUUCGAGAAUAUGUUCUGCCCUCGUUUGAGGUAAAGAUCGAGGCUGUUGAACAUUACAUCUCUAUGUUAAAAGAUGAUUUUUCCUUCAGCAUCUCUGCCAGAUACACCUAUGGGAAGGGUGUUAAUGGGGAAGCAUAUGUGAGAUUCGGACUGAUUGACGGAAAAGGAGAAAAUACUUAUCUUCCUGGCAUAGAUAAACAGAUUGCAGUCGAGGAUGGCCGUGCAGAUGUCAUGGUCCAGACUAGAGAGUUACGGUUUGCAGCAGCCAGACAGGACCUAGAGCACCUCACAGACAUGUACCUGCACAUCGCUGCUACUGUUCUGGAAAGAGCAAGUGGAGAUAUAGAGGAGGCAGAGAGCUCAUCGCUGAAGAUUGUGACCUCUCCGUAUGUCAUUGAUUUGUCAAGGACAAAGAAGUAUUUCACUCCUGGGGGCGUGUUCUCUAUUCUGGGCACCACCAGCUUCCCAGAUGGCACGAGAAUCCCUAAUUUGUAUAUUAGGGUGGUGGCUAGUACAGACGGAAUACCUUUGAUUAGGGAAAGCACUGGAGAUAACAAUGGAAACAUAGCCAUCACAUUUCCAGUCCAACAGAGGGCUAAGCAAAUGUCUAUAGAGGUCCAAGCACAGGGAGACGAUAAAGAAAUCAUCAGUGAGGCCAAAAUAACCUCCACAGCAAUCGCCGAAACGGAUGGCAGUUACCUGAGUGUGGAGGUGCCGCAUCAGAUCCUUAACCCUGGGCAAAGCCUGGAAGUCACAUUCAGGGACAUCACGACAUCAAGAGCUGCACGACCCUCACAUAUCUAUUACCUGAUUGUGAGUAAGGGCAGAGUGCUGAAGGCAGGCCGCAUACAGAGGACUCAACUGACCUCCAUGAACCUGCCUUUCUCCGUGGACAUGGUGCCCGCCUUCCGCCUGGUGGCCUACUAUUACACACAAGCUGGCAAUAUCGUGGCUGACUCCGUGUGGGUGGAUGUGAAAGAUGUGUGCCAAGGAAAGGUAGAAAUAGUUCCUUUCAGUGAACUGAAACCUGGGCGGGCUGUUCAGGUGUCAGUCAGGACUGAUUUGGACAGUAAGGUGGCUCUGAGUGCUGUGGAUUCAGCUGUGUACGUCCUCAAUAAAAAAGGCAAACUGAGUCCUCAAAAGAUGUUCGAGUACAUGAACUCGUAUGAUCUGGCCUGCUCUGUAGGAGGAGGGGAAAAUUCCAAGUCCGUCCUGGAAGGCGCAGGGCUCACGUUCAUCUGUAACUGUGUUUCAGCACCAUUUAAUUUCAAAAGCCAUACAUGCAACAAAGAUCGUCAAAGACACAAAAGAGACCUUAAUGCACUCGUUAACAGUUACAAGCAUCCCGACAGGAAAUGCUGUCAGGACGGAAGGAUGAAAGGCCUGAUGUUAAAGCCGUGUGUUGACCGGCUGAAACACAUAAAGCAUCAGCCACGAAGCUGCCAGGAAGCUUUCAAAAAAUGCUGCGAGGCUGCAACAGCUAAAAAGAAGAAGGACAUUAUAAACAAAAUGAGAAACGUUUUAGGAAGAACAUUAAGCAGUGGAACAGCAGACAAUGAGAUCGAUGAAGUACCUGUUUACCUGCGCAGUGUCUUUCCUCAGUCAUGGAUGUGGCAUAUUUUAGAUGCAGAUGCCUCGGGCAACGCCAGGAAAAUUGAAUCUGUUCCUGACUCCAUAACCACAUGGGAGGUCCAAGCUGUGUCGAUUUCUCCAUCAAAAGGAUUUUGCAUAGCAGACCCACAGCCACUGAAGGUCUUCCAGGACUUUUUCAUAUCUGUUAAACUGCCGUAUUCAGUAAAAAGGAACGAGCAGCUCGAGGUGAAAGCCAUCGUGUUCAACUACAAGCAACAGAAGCUACAGGUGACAGUGAAGUUGGAGAAGGUGCCGGGGUUGUGCUGUGCAGGUACAGGAGAUGUGGUGCAGCAGGUGACAGUGGAGCCUCAGUCUGCCACGGCUGUAAAUUUCUCCGUGGUGCCUCUGAUCAUCGGGAACGUCCCUAUAACCAUUGAGGCUUACGUCUCCAGCAACAUCCACGAUAAGAUACAAAAAGAGCUCAAAGUGGUGGGAGAGGGCGAGUUAGUCCAACUAGAAAUGGAAUAUAACAUUGACGCAAAAAAUGGGAAAAAAAUAGAAUUUGACAUUCUCGCCCCUGAGGACGAGGUCCCCGGUCAGGAAUCAAUCACACGUAUGAGUUUUAGAGGUGGUGUGAUGGGACAAUCCGUUGAUAACUGUCUAAACCUUGAUGGAGUGAACAAGUUGAUCAAACUGCCUACUGGCUGUGCAGAACAGACCAUGAUGAGGAUGUCUCCCGCCAUUCACGCCAUGACAUAUUUGGGUGCCACCAACCAAUGGUUCUCCCUGAAAGACGAGCGCCGAAAGGAGGCUCAAACCAUGAUCCAAGCGGGUUACACCCGGGUCCUUAUGUACAAGAAGAACGAUGGAUCAUACGGAGCUUUUCUGAAAACACCCAGCAGUAUUUGGUUGACUGCGUUCAUUGCCAAGGAACUGACAAGAUCACGGGACAUAAUUAAAGUUCAAGAGUCCUACAUUCUGGAAGCCAUAUCCUAUCUGAUAUCCAAACAAAAAGCUGAUGGAUCAUGGGUCGACCCGAAUCCUCUUUAUGACAGAGGAAUGAAGGGUGGAGUUGGACAUGCUGAAGAUGACGUGCCCUUGACUGCUUAUGUCCUUAUAACCCUGAAACACGCACUACCUGUGUAUAAACCGGGGACAGAUAAUAAUCUGAAACGUGCUAUUGCUAACGCGAACCUUUAUCUCCUUGCUCAUUUCGAUGCACAACAAAACCACUACGCCAUUGCCAUUGCAGCGUAUGCUCUGUCUCUGGAUAAUCAUCAAAGCCCAGAGGCCCAGCGAGCACACGAGAAGCUGAUGGCCUUGGCAACAUGCAAUAAAGAACGCUGUUUCUGGGGCGACAGAGGGAAAUUCGCGGGUUCGGAUAAGAAAGCAGAUGCCAUUGCAGUGGAAACCACAUCAUACGGUUUGCUACAGGCCUUGACCAUGCAGGACAAACAGAAAUCUCAACAGAUCACCAGCUGGCUCACCGAACAGCGCAGAUAUGGAGGAGGAUUCCAGUCAACGCAGGAUACAGUCGUAGCCCUUGAGGCUCUGUCCGAGUUUAGCAUACGGAACAAUGAUAUGGAAGACUUGAACCUGAGUGUGGAAAUACGUAUGAACAAGCACAGGAAAAACCUGCAUUUAAACAGGCGAACUGCACUGACUCAAACAUCGAUUGAAUUCAAGGAAGUGGGCAAAGUAGUCGUGAAUGUAUACGGACAAGGAAAAGGAACUUUAUCGAUUGUCCAGACAUAUAGAUCUUUGAAAAAUGACCAGUCCCUCUGUGACCACCUUGAUCUCAGUGUUAAAGUGGAUCGAAAACUCACACCAUUAUAUGAUGUAAAGGAAGAGGAUACGCCGGCCGAUUACUAUGACUAUGUUGAUGAUGAUGAGUCGAGAGACGAACCCGAGAGCAGACAGGACUGGUUUGAUCUGCGAACCCGCAGGAAGCGACAAGCUCCAGAGGAACCGAAAAAAGAAAACACACUCUAUUAUACAGUGUGUGUGAGGAACAAACUGGGAAAUUCUACUGGUAUGGUCUUGGUGGACAUCUCACUCCUGACUGGACUUGUACCCAACGUCCAAGAUCUGGAAAAUAGCGUAAAGGGCACUGAGAAAUACAUCGACCACUAUGAUGUUCAACGCAACAAAGUCUUUCUUUACUUUAAUGAGAUUUCUCAUGAUAAGACGUGCGUUCGGUUCCGAGCAGAGCAGAUCAUCCCUGUAGGACUCGUUCAGCCCGCAGUGGCGGCCAUCUACUACUACUACAACCCAGACAGAAAGUGUUCUGUGUUCUAUACGGUGUCGACGGACAAUCCCAUGCUAGCCAAACUGUGUGAAGCAGACGUGUGCGCAUGUGCCGAGGGUAGCUGUCCACAGCUUAAAGGCACCUUUAGCGAGGACAUGAAUGAGAACACCAGAUCUCGGUAUGCCUGUUUUUCGCCCAGUGUUGAUUAUGUUUACAUCGCCAAGGUCAUGAACUCCAGCAAUGAUGGUGUGUUUACAUCUUAUUCCAUGUUGAUUACUAAAGUCCAUCAGGCAGCUAAAGGUUUGGACUCAGCUAUCCAGCCCGGUGCGGUACGUGAAAUGGUAAAGCGUGUGACCUGUAAUGCGAUGGAGCUGAAAGUUGAUGCGGAUUAUCUGAUAAUGGGUCAGAAGGACACUAUAAAUUUGGGAAACUCUGAAACCCGCUUUAGGUACAUACUGAAUAAUAAGAUGUGGAUCGAGGAGAUGCCUUCAGCGAUGAAAUGCAUGGCGACGAAGAACAAGCAGGCCUGUCGGCUUCUCGAAGCGUUCUUACAGGAGUUUGCUCAACAGCAGUGCAGGAUUUAACAGACACGGGACAGACAACAUAGAAAGCAUCUAGAGGACAAGACGUAUCUGCGUAAAUUGUGUGCUUUUAUUUUCAGUGCAUAUGACCAAGAAAAUACAGGGUUUGUGGAAAGGAACAGUUAGAAUCGCAGCAGAGGUUCAUCAGAAAUGCUCUCCUGAUGAAUGUUCAUGUUGCAGAUAAGCAUGAUCAUGGCUUCUCUCAAAAAGGUAAAUCAUGAGACUACUGCCUUCUGGAAUGAGCAGGAAUGAAAUGUCAGUUCUUUAAAUCGUAGGUUGUGAUAACUGAACAAUCAUCGUGCUUUUAACAUAAUGAUGUUUGGCCUGGUACUUAUUAAAAAACAAAUGAUUCA